UUGACUGACUAAACGAAACCUUGAUGAUAAAUAUUUCCUCACUUUUCUUGUCUUCCAAAGCAGAGGACUUACGAGGAAACUGGAAAAAUUCGAAAGUCUAGUACAAAUUACUUAUCAGCUGACUAUCAAUUUUUCUAUCGAAUCAUCGACGAAUGGAAUUGAUUACUUGAAUACGUGUUUAAAGUUCCAUCUGUCGACGUUUUUAAGCGAAAGUUGGAUCAACCUAGAGAUCAAAAUUGCGUGAACUAACAAGGGCCAUCUGUUUUCCUCUCCAUUCAAAACUGAAACAGAUGUUAGCGCGCAAUUUCAAAGUACGCGUUUCAGUGGGCGCACGUGUUCGUGCACACUAGCAAUUUAUAUGUUAUCGUGUGGCUUGUAUUUAUUGAAUAAUCUUCCAGACAAAACUCGUAUUCUCUCUCCUACGAAAGGCUUAGAUUUUUGACCCAACAUGAAUCCACUUUAUGGUUAGAGUUAUGUCAAGUCGAGAAAGGUCCCCAAUCAACCAAUAAACGGGAAAUAAAGGCGAACAAAGGGUAAACACGCCAAAAUGUCUGGUUUUUGCCUGUCCGGGGAAAAUAGUGCGUAUUCUCCCCUUUUAUAUCGCUCUGUGUUUCGAACGACGCUGAACUGUCUACUUUUCGCAUAAAUACACGUUGAAAAUAUAAAUACAGGGGGCAGUAUAUUAAAACACGCUUUUUGAGAGAUAAUUGUGUGACGUAAACCUAUGUUUUACGCUGAAAUUAAUGCCCUCUAAAUUGUGUCACUUAUUUACAAACUUUUAUCCUACUGUCAUGAAUAAUAAAAUAAUUAGUGUGAAAGAUGCAAGUUCAAAUCUUAAUGCAAUCGUUCAGUUAAUCAGUCAAAAUGAUGGUGUAAUAGCACUUCCAACAGACACUAUCUAUGGAUUAGCUUGUUCCGUUUUUAAUCCUGAAGCAAUUGAACGAAUACGUCGUAUUAAAGGUCGUUCAGAGACUAAACCUAUGGCUAUAUGUUUAGAUCAGAUAUCGCAUAUCUCCCACUGGUGUGAUACAAAAAAUAUUCCAACUGGUCUGCUAUCAGAUCUUCUCCCUGGUCCUGUCACUGUUCUAUUACCACGUUUUUCUGAUAGACUUCAGGAUCCAUUGAGCACUCAUUUGUUAAACCCAGGCGACAAGCGUGUUGGCAUUCGAAUACCAGAUUCCGGUUUUAUACGUAAACUUAUAUCAGCUUUGAAUGAACAAACUAAAUUUUCAUCAAUUAUUGGCAAUAAUGUUGAACGUUCUAGUGGUUGUGAUAGGCACGAUAGUAUAACUAUUGGUGAUGGUCAUCCAUUAGUGUUAACCUCAGCAAAUUUAAGUGGACAACCGUCGGCGAUUCAAAUCGAGGCUGAUCUGGUGUAAUAUAUUGGAUCGAUGUAGAUACGUGACAGGUUCUACGUUGCUUGCGACUGAUUGACUAUUUUUAGCGGUUUCUUAUAAGCUUAGACGGGAAAAACUUUACAUUCAUAAUGGGCAGCAAUAUGUCUGCAAACAAGAAUUUGAUUUGAUACAUCAAGUUAGGAUUAAUAAAAAGCAAGUCAUGAUAUUAUUUUCAUUUAUACCAGUACAGAUUAAUGCAUAUUUAUUCAGAUGAGUAAAAUCUAGUGAUGCGGACGACAGUGUGAGAUAAAAAAUAAAUGCUUGGUCAAAUGACACCUAAAAUAAGUAAAUGAUAAGUGACUUCUCUUUGCAGUUAAGCUAGAAUCUAAAAGUGAACAAAUGCCCUAGUACGGCCGAGAGUGAGGAGAGUCCACUCUCCCUCUCGAAAUUCUCUCACAUGGCCACGCGUAUACAGCCUCUGCCAGGGAAGUCCUACUCAUUGCCUUCUUGUGGUGGGAAGUUGUAAAACCCUGAUUCCAAACCAAUGGUGCACAUGGGCUGGUUCCAGUAUUCUGAAGGAACAAAUGGCAUAUGAACCAAUCGUUGUUCACUGGCUACCAUGGGAGAACACCUCCUGAUGUUGCUUCACUGUCUUGUGGGUCAGACCUUCAGAUCAAAGGCUGUGGUUGUGACCCCCUAAGAAAAAGAUGUGCCUCGAUUUUGGCAUCCGGGAAGUAUCACAGCCCUCACACAAAUGAAAUGAGAUUUGCGUGGCGCAUAUUUAUUUGGUGCCUUCUUGUACCAAUAUCUAUGUGUUCAAAUAAAUAAUAAAAACAAACGACUUUGAGUUGCUAAGUCUCAGGUUUGAACCCCUAUGUCGGUUAGGUUAAUCAGGUAGUAUCACUAGCUUUCAUACUUAGACUGUCAUUCAAAAUCAAGUAUGCAAGUUUGUAAUUAGUGUGUCACUUGUAGAGAUAAAAGCCAUCACCCAUUUCUAACAUGAUCCAUGUGGAUUUAAGAAAAGUGUGACAAAUCACUCUUGCCUUUGUGAAGAUAAGUUGUCAUGAAAUAAUUUCACUCAUCACACUACAUCUCUCUUUUUUUUCAGCCGAUUUACUAAAUUUUGUUCAUUAUCAUAUUGUUUAAUUAGAUAGUGACUUGUUUCUUUUAUUGGUUGCGAUUUAUUUUCCAUUUACAGUUGAUCGUUAGGAAUUAGAUUAGGGGUUUUCAUCACGAACUGACAUUAGCUAUAAUGCCAAAACUCUAUUCAAUCAAAUGGAUGGAUGAAUUUCGCGCCAAAAUCUAGGACCUAUUGUCUUAUGCCUGAUUGGUUCGUUCAUAUAUUAUAGUCUUGACGUAAUAUCUUGUCUACCUCUCUUAGAACAAUUAAUUCUACCUUCAUUCAUUUUAUUAUGUUAUGAUACGUUUUCUUCUUUUAUAUUAAGGAAUUUUCCGAAAUUUGGUCAUCCAUUGACUUGAUCAUCAAUGGUGGUCCCAUUCAAUCUGAUAUGUCCUCAAAAAGCUCCGAUUGUAGCCGGGCCGGUUCAACCAUUAUUGACUUGUGCAACUGUGACAAGUCUGUUUAUUCUGUAGUACGAAAUGGCAGGUAAAAAAAUAUACAUAUUUUUUUACAUACUACUUAUGUCUGCAACAUCAGUAGUAGUAUUAUUAUUAGUAAUAAUUUGAGCUGUUUGGUUCUCAUUCUGGAAUCUUUCAUUAUCAUUUUGAACAACAUUAUCGGUGUCCCAUAUUAGUGUGUCAGAUUUCAAUACGAUUGAAAUGUUGAUCAUCUAGAGAAAAUAUGGAUCCUACCUUAAAUCGUUUAUGUUUUGUCAACAAAUCUCGUUAAUAACAGUACAGAUGUGAAAAGUCGAAUAUAUGCUGAAAGUUACACUUUCCUAUGAAAAAGGUUUUGAAUUAUUUGAAUGGUAGGAAUGACACAGUAGUCAUAUGCUUUCCAAUAUCUAGCAAUGUUAGUGUAAAAAGUUGCAAGAGAAGGAAAUAUGAAGUAACUAUAUGACAAUGAAGAAACCGCUCAAGAACAAAGAACGCGAGACAAUUACUGAUAUUCAAAAACAGAGAAACAGAUAGGUAAAACAUUUCGAGGAACUUGUGAACAGAAUAGCUCCACAGAACAUUGAAGUAGCCCUUACAGACCUUCCUUUAUAUGUCACCACCACCAUCAGGAUGGCCAUCAGACAAAUUGAGAUUGGAAAAGCAGCAGCACCUGACAACAUACCAGAUGAAGCACUGAAGUCAAACAUUGAAGUAACUGCAAACAUGCUCCACGUUCUAUUCAGAAAGAUUUAGAAGAAAGAAUGAAUACCGACGUAUGGGGAAGCUAGAUAUCGAAGAAAAGAGAUUUGAACAAGUGUGAGAAGUACAAAGGCGUCACACUAUUAUCAGUAGCAGGAAACGUUUUCAACAGAGUUCUGCUAAACCGGAUGAAAGAUAGAGUAUACGUUCAACUUCGAGAUCAACAGGUUGGAUUCUGUAAGGAUCGGUCGUGUACAGACCGAAUUGCGACACUACAUAUGAUCGUUGAACAGUCAGUUGAAUGGAACUCGUCACUGCACAUCAACUUCAUUGACUAUGAGAAAGCAUUUGACAGUGUGGAUAGGAGAACCUUAAGUAACCCUCUUUAACACUAUGGUGUGCCUGAGAAAAUCGUCAACAUCAUCCGGAAUUCAUACGACUGCAAUUUCGUGAGUGGAGGACAGCUGAGAGAUGCAUUCCAAGUGAGGACCACUGUCAGACAUGGCUGUCUACUCUCCUCCUUCCUCUUUCUUCUGGUGGUUGUCUGGAUUAUGAAGGCCUCCAAACCUUAGGGAAAGCACGGAAUACAAUAAACAGGUUGGAAUCAAUUCGAAGAUUUGUACUUGGUAGAUGACAUGGCCCUUCUAUCCCAUACACGCCAACAAAUGCAGAUAAAGACAGUCAGUGUAGCAGCAGUCUCUGCAUUAGUAGGCCUCAGUAUACACAAUGAAAAAACUAGAUCCUCAAAUACAACACAGAGACCAACACAAUCACACUUAGUGGAAAAGCACUGGAAGUGGUGGAAUCUCCUAUGUACCUGGGAAACAUCGAUGUACAAGGAGGAUCGGAUGCAGACGUAAAGGCGAGGAUUGGCAAAGCAAGGGCCGCAUUCCUACAAUUGAAGAACAUAUGGGACUGAAAACAACUGUCAACUAAUAUCAAAUUCACAAUCUUCAAUAUUAAGACAGUUAGUUCUGCUGUAUGAAGCUGAAACUUGGAGAAUUACUAGAACCAUUAUCAAAAACGUACAAGUAUUUAUAAGCAGUUGUCUACGCAAGAUACUCAAUAUCCGUUGGCCGGACACCAGCAUCAGCCUAUUGUGGGAGAGAACAAAUCAGCUCUCAACUGAAGAGGAAAUUCGGAAAAGAGGUUGGAAGUGGAUAGGACAUACAUUACGGAACUCGCCAAACUGCAUCACGAUGCGAGCGCUAACUUGGAAUCCUGAAGGGAAGAGUAAAAGAGGAAGACUGAGGAACAAAUUGCGUAGAGAAUUGGAAGCAGACAGCAAAAUAAUUUAUAGUAUGUGCUUAGAAGUGGAAAGGCCUAGCAAGUACCGAGUAGGUUGUAAAAUUCCAGAGAGUAGUGUAUGCUCCUCGACUAGAUGUAACAGGCAUAAGUGCGAUAUCAUGCGUCUUAUUACUAUGAUAACAUAAUUUCGUAGUAUUUUUUUCACCUUGAUGAUUGUUUUUUCCCUUUCUAGUGCAUUCAAUUCAACGGUAGCCAUAUUAGAAGGUCGUUACAAUCUUUCUCUCGCAGACAAUUUUUCCAACAUAAACAAUUGAAAACUAAUUCCAUUUUUUAAAUAGUUCGAAUUUUCCCGCCUAUUCUUCUUCUUCAAUAAUCUAAUUCUCCUGCGCUUUCACACUCCUCCAUUUGUCUUCGAAUCAAUGAUUCGUAUUAUUAUUAUUACGUGACCCCGUAUUUCACUUUUCUUUGCACAUUCAGGGAUUUCUUCUUCGUUUAACUUUGAUGAUGAUGAUUUUUACUAUUAUUGUUAUCCUUUUUUUGUAAUUUGUUUUCAUCGACAAAAUAUAUAUAUAUCCGUCGGUUGUUAAGAUAAACAGUGAUGUUAAAAUUCACUUAUCAAAUAUGAUCGUAUUCAGUUACAGUGUUCUAUUGUUAUCUCUUUGUAAUAAAUCAUUUCAGUCAACUACAACGUGUAGGAUCAGGCACAUAUAUGCAUCGGUCCAAGUUGCCAUACCGCAUUAGC